CCAUUGCUUGAACAUUCAAGAAAUGUCGGAAUCUCUUCUGGAUAAAGAACCCUCAAUAAAGCCAUGGGACUUGGAUGAUAAUGAGGAAUCUGGAGACGACAGUCAAUCUGAAAGCGAAGACGCUGGUAAUGGUCUCGCUCGAGAGGUAGACAGACUGCUUGAUGAAAUCAAGGCACAUCUUCACUCUGACUGCAACGCUUUGGAAUUGAAGGAUGUACCUCCAUAUAUAAGUCAAGAGGCAAUUGCCACCUUUUUCGAGGAAAGAGAUGAUAAAAAGAUGGAGAUUUGUGAUCCGAGCCCUCACAACAAACGCGACGUCAUCGUCUAUUUCUAUGAUAAGGACGCUUUCUGCAACGCCCUUCGUAAAAAUGGAAGUCAAAUGCUGAGUUACACCUUUGACGCUCUCUACAACCCAAAUCUUCACAGACCUCCCCAUCGGGGCAGUCAUCCCAAUCACAUGGUCUCAGAAGGCAACCGGAAAGUCAAAGGUCCAGGCGGCCGCAAUCGAACUGGCAAUCGAGGCGGUGGUCAUCACGCUGACAGACCGCGUAUAAAUAAUGACGUCCGCAAGCAAGACUCCAUGAAUAAAGGAGGAAACGGGUAUCAGCGGAAGCAGGGCAACAACAUGGGAACAAAGAAUCGGCAAAUGGGCAGUCAGGUGAAGAUACACGCGACGAACCGGUUUGGAGGUCUUUCGGAUUAA